CCCGCCUGUUCCGCUGCCACUGCCGCCGCCGCUGCCGCCGACGUGCAUUCCGCUCGGCGGAGGGGUCGGGCCUGCGCUCUCUCCUCCUUCCUCCCCGCCUCCGGCUGCCGGUAGGACCCGUUUCCCGCUGCCGCUGGGAGCCUGUGUCAUCGCCAGCCCUGAGCACGAUGCCCCCCAAAAAGGGAGGUGAUGGAAUUAAACCACCCCCAAUCAUUGGAAGAUUUGGAACUUCCUUGAAAAUUGGUAUUGUUGGGUUGCCAAAUGUUGGGAAAUCUACUUUCUUCAAUGUAUUAACCAAUAGUCAAGCUUCAGCAGAAAACUUCCCAUUCUGCACUAUUGAUCCUAAUGAGAGCAGAGUACCUGUGCCAGAUGAAAGGUUUGACUUUCUUUGCCAGUACCACAAACCAGCAAGCAAAAUUCCUGCUUUUCUAAAUGUAGUGGAUAUUGCUGGCCUUGUGAAAGGAGCUCACAAUGGGCAAGGCCUGGGAAAUGCCUUUUUAUCUUAUAUUAGUGCCUGUGAUGGAAUCUUUCAUCUAACACGUGCUUUUGAAGAUGAUGAUAUCACGCAUGUUGAAGGAAGUGUAGAUCCUAUUCGAGAUAUAGAAAUUAUACAUGAAGAGCUUCAGCUUAAAGAUGAGGAAAUGAUUGGGCCCAUUAUAGAUAAACUAGAAAAAGUGGCUGUGAGAGGAGGAGAUAAAAAACUAAAACCUGAAUAUGACAUAAUGUGCAAAGUCAAAUCCUGGGUUAUAGAUCAAAAGAAACCUGUUCGCUUCUGUCAUGAUUGGAAUGACAAAGAGAUUGAAGUGUUGAAUAAACACUUAUUUCUGACUUCAAAACCAAUGGUCUACUUGGUUAAUCUUUCUGAAAAAGACUACAUUAGAAAGAAAAACAAAUGGUUGAUAAAAAUUAAAGAGUGGGUGGACAAGUAUGACCCAGGUGCCUUGGUCAUUCCUUUUAGUGGGGCCUUGGAACUCAAGUUGCAAGAAUUGAGUGCUGAGGAGAGACAGAAGUAUCUGGAAGCGAACAUGACACAAAGCGCUUUGCCAAAGAUCAUUAAGGCUGGGUUUGCAGCACUCCAACUAGAAUACUUUUUCACUGCAGGCCCAGAUGAAGUGCGUGCAUGGACCAUCAGGAAAGGGACGAAGGCUCCUCAAGCUGCAGGAAAGAUUCACACAGAUUUUGAAAAAGGAUUCAUUAUGGCUGAAGUAAUGAAAUACGAAGAUUUUAAAGAGGAAGGUUCUGAAAAUGCGGUCAAGGCUGCUGGAAAAUACAGACAACAAGGCAGAAAUUAUAUUGUUGAAGAUGGAGAUAUUAUCUUCUUCAAAUUUAAUACACCUCAGCAACCGAAGAAGAAAUAAAUUUUAGCCAUCACUCAGAUAUACGUACAACUUCCAAAAGGCAUAUACUUUUUUUUAAAUUAAAAUUUCUGAAAACUGAAAGGGCAAAUAAAGUUGGGGGGAUGGGAAUCUUCUACAAACAGAAUUAUUUUUAUUUGUUUUAAAAUUAAAAUACUGCGUACCUUCAAUGAAAUGCAAGUUCACUAAAUGUGAACAGCUUUGCUUUUCACGUGAUUAAGACCCUACUCCAAAUUGUAGAAGCUUUUCAGGAACCAUAUUACUCUCAUGAUACUUCAUUAAUCUCCAUCAUGUAUGCCAAGCCUGACACAUUUGACAGUGAGGACAAUGUGGCUUGCUCCUUUUUGAAUCUACAGAUAAUGCAUGUUUUACAGUACUCCAGAUGUCUACACUCAAUAAAACAUUUGACAAAACCAGCCUUGGUGUGUUUGGGGAUGUCUGUAUUGACUGACUGUGGUGUGCUGAAUGCGAUACGGCACCUGGCGGUUGCUGAUUACAGAAUUUUAAGGCGUGUGUAUGACACAGUAACUAGCGUGUGGGGCAGCUGCAAUUGUAUCUUAAAAGUGGGUCUUUCAUAGGAAUCAGAAGAAUAGUAUACCAGGGAUUUGUCUCAAGAAAGUUAAUUAAUUUGUAGAUGGACAUUUAUAAAAAGAUGAUGCUAAUGAUAUUACAGAGGAUAUAACAUAGGUGACUGUGACCAAAAAGAAAAUAAUGCUGGAAAAAUAUUCUGCUUCAAAGAUUAAAGGAUUUUUUUUGUUGUU